AUGGCCAUAAACUCUACACAACUGGAAGUAACAACAGAUUUGUUUGGCUCGGAGAUACACCCGCUGAAGGAUGUAACGUCCAAUAUGACUGGCUCCAACGACCACUUGCCGCCGAAAACGAGUUUCCUCAGCUUCAUCACCCUGUUUCUGGUGAUAGUGUUGCCCGCGGCCACCGCGCAUUCACUCGCCUUCUUCGUGCUGUACAAGGACCUCAAAUACAACCUCACCCCCGUCAAGGGGCUGCUGUUCGCUCUCUGUUGCACUGACGUCAUCGGUGUCGUGGUGAUCGUCGCGCAUCACGUGAUUGGCAAAUUGGUCGAAAACCCGCCCUUUCCGGUGUGCGCAACAAUCAUUGUCUCGUUAACGUUUGUGUCGCUCAUGUCAGGUGCCAUGGCGACCAUGAUGGCGGCGGAGAGGUGCAUGGCUAUGAGGGCGCCGUUCUGGUAUCGAGUGAACAAGUCUCACCUCAAGACGUUCGUAGUGCCCAUCACACUCAUAUUUCUGCUCACGCUGGGGGUCAGUCUGCUCGGUCCAACCCCGCUUGGCUUGGUGUACAAACCUCGACUGGACCACAACGAGUCUCUUAGGUGCUCGUCAUUCCCCGUGCAAAGUAUCAGGGACAGCAUCCAGGGGGUGUUCAGCCUCGCCUUCACAGUCGUCGGCCUCGCCAUCGCCUUGGUGAACAUCAGUAUUAACGCCGCCGUCAUCGUGACGAUGCGGGAGAUGAACGCGAAGGCGAUGCGGGUUAAGACGGCGGACCCCAGCGUCAACGUGGCCGUAGCCGUCCAGCACCAGUACAACAGCGACAAGAAGACGGCGGAGUACGAACUCACCAAGAUGUUGCUCAUCCUCUCGGCCUGCUUCCUCGUAUGCUGGGUGCCCAUUUACAUUUCCCGGAUAAUGAACGACAUGGGUUAUAACAUACCCCGAGUGUUUCGAAGUUUCUCCCACACCUUGGCCGGCCUGAACUACGUCUUGGACCCCAUCAUCUACAUCAUCGCCAUGAAGUCGUACCGGCAGCGCAUUCACACCGCUCUCCUUGCAAACAGAGCCCGUAAUGGCGGAUCCAACGUGAGCAGGGGUCAAUCCAGCAAGGAUCACAACGAGGCUGUGAAGCUGGCGAUGGAGAAGGGGGUGGUGGUGGUGGUGCCUCCUCUUGGAUUCACGCUUCCAGUCCUUCUGAAGAAGUUCUUACGCUUAAAUUGA